AUGGCGGCGCAAAUUAUUACGUCGAGAAAAGUCAGGCUCACGCCGCACGAGGCUAUAGCGAUCACGCACGACUUGGUCAGGCUGGCCAGACUAAGUCCGGUCGUGUCGCGGAUAGAGCCCGUCCUCGGAACAAAGAACGAGUGGAAAAUCACAGAAGACAUUUCGAUCCUCGGGUUGUAUAAGAAAACGGUGCAUUCAACUAUCAGGCUGGAGGGCGCCAAAGCCAAUGGCGCGGACAUUUCCGUCAGCUCCGCACUCGGCGUCGGCCUGCGGUCAAAGUGGAGAGUUGAAGCAGACGGAGAGGAGACAUGUCUCAUCACGGUUGAAGACGAAGUACAAGCGCCCUUUCUGGUGCGCUGGUUCGUCAAGCAGCAAGCAGGGGCAGCACGCGCGACUGCACUACAACGAAUGGAAGAGGGACAAUUCUCUGCCUAG